AUCAAGUGCCGACAGACGGGAUCUGAAGCCCCAAAUCAUCAUUGACUGGACAAUCGGCUGCUUCGCGUUGGACCAAACUCAUGCCAAUCAGCGGAAGCUCUCCAAUCAAACCUGAGUGUUGGUGGAGGCGUCCUCUAACCAAUGAGGUGGAGCUGUCUGCUGACAAGAAAGGCGAGUCGCCAAUCAGCAGCGAGGCGAGGAGCGAGUUGACUGUCAGUCAGACGGUUUGAGCCAAUUGGGCAGGCAGGCGUGUUGUGCGAUCCUUGCCCCCCUCCUGCUGCUACAGACUUGGCUCCGCUAAAGCUGUGCAAAGUAGCUGCAACCUGAUCAGUUUGGAAGUGCGAGUCAUGGCCACCACAGCUUCGGCUCAUUACAUUCCGAGGAAUAACUCGCUCCACUCUAACUCUUUGGUGCAUCCGGACUCUGACAGGAUGCAUCCAGGAACUACCUAUAGAGAAGUUCAGAAAAUGGUGCAAAAUGACUACUUGCAUGGGCUGGCCAGCAAUGGGCACCCCAUCACGCACAGCCACCAGUGGCUGUCUUCUGUCACUGACGGGGCACCUUGGGUCACCGCUUCUCACCUCGGACAGCCAGACCCAGCAAAGGCCAAUGUGCAGACAGCCAGGGAUGACCUUGGGAACAGCCUUCAUCACCGAACACAUCAUAUGGUCCAUCAACAGACUCAUGGCAACCACCCUGGCGGCGCCUGGGGGCCGACGGCAGCACAUCACAUCCCGGGAAUGCCACCUUCGACCAAUGGGCAUCAGCCCCUCAUCUACUCGCAGCCAGGAUUCACCAGCCUCAACAGCAUGCUGAGCCCACAAAACCAGUCUCUACACCAUGGGAUGACGGAUGCUCUCCAUGAAGAUCCAGGUGGCCAUGACAACCACCAGCAGCAUCCUCCGCAACAUCACCAGGACCACUCGGAUGAAGAUGCGCCCACGUCUGAUGACCUGGAGCACUUUGCAAAGCAGUUCAAACAAAGGAGGAUCAAGCUCGGUUUCACCCAGGCGGACGUAGGCUUGGCUCUGGGCACUCUGUACGGCAAUGUCUUUUCCCAGACCACCAUCUGCAGGUUUGAAGCCUUGCAACUCAGCUUCAAGAACAUGUGCAAACUGAAGCCCCUCUUGAACAAAUGGCUGGAGGAGACUGACUCAACCUCAGGGAGCCCCACCAGCAUAGACAAGAUAGCUGCGCAAGGGAGGAAGAGAAAGAAGCGGACGUCCAUUGAGAUAGGAGUGAAGGGUGCUUUGGAGAACCACUUCUUAAAGUGCCCCAAGCCAUCAGCUCAUGAGAUCACCAGCUUGGCUGACAGUCUGCAGUUAGAGAAAGAAGUGGUCAGAGUUUGGUUUUGUAACAGAAGACAAAAAGAAAAGCGGAUGACCCCAGCCGGAAUCCCCGGCCACCCAGGGAUGGAGGAUGUAUAUUCACAAAGGGACACUCCGCCGCUUCAUCACACACUGCAGUCCCCUGUUCAAUGACUGUUCCAAACACACACCCACUUCCCACCAAGAAAAAAAGACUAAAAAAAUUAAACUGGAUUUUACAAAGCAAAAAAAAACUGUCUGAAAAAGGGAUUUAGCCAGUGUUGCAGAGACUGUUUAUUUAGCACUGGACUGUACUCAAACUUAGGAGAGAGGGAGAACACACAUUUCAUGCAUUUCUUGUGGUAAAUCAAGUGGUUAUUUCCCCCUGCUGUAGAACAAAGCUUCCUCCCCCCCGUAAUUAAUUGACACGGAUAAUUUGCAAAAGUUGUAACAAAAAAAUAAUCGUUUUCUCUGCUGAAUUGUUUCAGGGGAUUCCUUUAAGGCAGCGGUUUCUCUAAAAGGGUAAGCAAGAGUUGGGUUUAAACAAAAAGUAAAGACAGCACCGAAUUGUCCGCAUACAGUCGCUGGUUUGUAAAAUGAGACAGACCGCCGGUGGGAGAAAAACGUAUAUUUAUUAUCUUGAACAGCUCUGUCACGAAUUUUAUUAAAAACAAAUAUUUAUAUAUAGUUCACCCUCAGAGGAUGUGUCUUGUAAGUUAUGGACGCCGGCAGAUCAAUUGUUUAGACUUUUAUUUCUGUGAGUUUAAAUAUUCAAAUCGAUUCAUUGAGAAAAUGGUUUGCCAUCCCAGACAAAUCAAUGUCAAACAAGCAUGAAUUGUUUAAAUCAAACCCUGAUUUUGACCAUACACUUACUUGCGAAAUUUGCCCAGAAAUUAUGGAAUAAUUUUGUCUGUUAAAUUGUUGAAAACUGAAAGGGAACUGUCAGUAAGGUUGAAGUUGGGAAGCCGUGCAAACGUUCAUUGCCGAUUCUGUUUUAAAAAAAUAUCAGGCAAGUUAAGACAAGUUUGAGAAAUCAAGGAAACUGACGUCAGUUAACAACUCUUUAAAAGGUGUCUUUAAAUGUAAGGACGAGGCGGAAACACGUGAGUGAAAAUAAUUGAAGAGUUGAAAUGGUCCAUUGCCGGUCAUCCUUUUAAGUUUACCGUGUCGAAAGCGAAACAAGUUAAAAGGAGAAAUGUUGGACCUUUUUUUGCGUGGAAAUGCACUUAAAUGAGUGAACUGAUAAUGCAUUGUACGUUCAUUUCGUUUGCUAGGUUUUUUUACAAUAAUAAUAUAACUUUGAUUGUUCUGUAAAUGCAAAUACGCUAAUGUGGGAAACAAGUAUAUGUGACAGUGUAAGGGCCAUAGUUUACCUUCCCGCUCUCAAAUCUUACCGGACGCGAAUAAUCCUCCCGUCUCCGACUCCCACCCCCCCAAAAAAGAACUCAGGAACUAAGGAACAGAUUAACAAACAAACCGCCUCAUUCCCUGGGACGCGUUUUUAUUUUCACUCCAGACAGAUAUUUGAGCAGGAAGAAAAUAUAACGAUGCAUUUUUGAGAAAUUGCUACCAUUCCAAGUGGCAACAUUGUUAUGAAUUUGCUAGUAAAUGUAAAGGAUAAGUAAUGUUGGAAUUCCCCUAUCAAACAACGCCGUUUUAUUUUCAGCUGAAUUUAUUCAAGCUAAUUGACAUUGUUAUUUUAUCCAUCAACAUCUAAGAUACUGACAUUGUAUAUUUCCUCUGAAAAAUAAAUCAGAUAGACAAUUGCCAAAAUAAAGUGUACAUUAUACAUGUUAGAAUGUUUACAGAUCAUCUAAAGAAAGGUAAAGAAGUUACACUUGGUGAGUUAAACAUUACUUAGGAUAUGAAACAGUGAAAAAGUGGCUUGUUUAGUAAUUGGAAAAAUAAUAAUUGUUCUGCUUUUUUACUGUACCACUAUGUAAUAUGUAAAUAUGUUGAAUAUGUUACAUAUGUAUUUGUUUUUGGAAUUUAAUGAUUUUCUGGAUGAUUUUUUUUGUAUGCUUACUAAUUCCCAGAGGAUAUUUUAAUAUAAUUUCCAUAUGAAUUUCCCCCUUGUAUUUAUUUCAUAAACACGUAUUUGAAACUUUCUUUUUCCUGUAGCUCUCAUUGGGGUUAUGUUACAGCAAUUCAAACAAUGUUUGUUUUAGUACAUUUUUGUUGUAUCUUAUAAAAGACAGGCUGCAGAGUCAUAUUAAUAUUUUGUUAUAGUAAUAUUUUAUUACUUGCAUAAAAUGUAUACACAGAACCCAACUGUGUCCUGCCUCUUUUCUAGGAGGUUGGGGAGGUGUUGACACCAUGCUGGGUUUUGCUUGUUAAUCCUUUCUGCUGUUGCCUGGAUUGAAUGUCACUUAAGCAAAAAAGCAGUGACAAGAAAUCAUUAAAAGUGAUGUAAGGUCAAACUAAAAUUCUUGAAUUUUAAUAGUUGCCUGGUUUGUCAAUUUUAUUUCUUUAUUUUGUGCAUUCUAAGCAUA